CAGUAAAUGUGAUCAAAGCACAUAUAAAACUAGACAAUGUCAUGAAUCAGCAUGUGCAACAACUGAUCUUGCCAGAAACUAUGAUAGGAAAAAGGCUAAAAUUACAAAUAAAAUUGAUGUUCCAAUUCUCAAUGUCGAGUCCUUAGAAGGAACCUCCACUACUUUUAAGGUUGUUGCAGAAAAUGAAACGGAGGCAAAUAAAAAAGAAAUAAUCCCACACUGCAAUCCUAGUUUCAUAGGUUUCUGUUCUGAGGUGGGGAUGUUGUUUAUUGACAAAACCAUAUAUAUUAAGAAGCUAGAAGAGGAAGGUUUGAGGUUCAGAAUUCUUUUCCUUAGACCACAUAGAUUUGGAAAAUUGGCAUUCCUUGAUAUGCUCUGCCAAUAUUAUGACAUUAAAAAUGCAGACAAAUUUUCUUGGCUUUUUGGACCACUUUAUAUUGGACAACAUCCUACGAAUUCACAAAACAAAUGUUUAGUUCUUAAAUUUGAUCUCUCAUCCAUUAAUAAAUAUGAUGAAGAGCUGGAAUAUCCAGACAUUGACAAAUUAAUUGUCAAGCAAGCCUUUAUAUCUCUUCAAAAUGUCAUGCCUACUGUAAGCAAACAGUCUCAAAAACUCUUUAUUGGAGUUGAUGAAUAUGACACUCCAGGUAACAACUGUGCAUUCAAACAUGAAUUUCAUAUUCUGAAUGAUGCAGAGUGUAAUGAUGUUGACAUAGUUGAGCAAUUUUUUAAUACAAAUUUUUUUGCAGUAAUCAAAAGAGGAUGCUGUGGCCCUAUUGAUAAAUUAUAUGUCACAGGAGUUGCCCCUGCAUUCCAUGCAGGGCUUAGUCCGCUUCUUAUAUUGGAUGAUAUCUCAGAAAGACCACAAUUCUAUGGAAUUUGCAGUUUUACAGAAGAAGUACAGUCAAUUGCUAAAUGUUAUUUUGAUAAUAAUAUGCAGAUAGUAAAUGAUGCAAUGGAUCAAAUGAGACAGCUACCUAUGAUGUCAUUAAGAACUGCCAACGAAGCCGUGAUGCAAGUGACUUUUGAAAUUCUCCUUCCAAUGUCAUUUCAUGUCGCUGAGCUUUGUCUUAUAGUUGAUGGAAUGAAGAAAAGUGGUGACAGAUGCUUUGGUUUUGUGGACCAUUUUGUUUUUGAAAGUGGGGAUGGCCCAUUGAUAUCAAAUGUUGUAUUAGAACUCAAAUAUAUUACAAUUACUGGCCUGUUAAGUGGAGCACAGGGAUUCUGGAUAAAGAACCCAGACACAAAAAUUAUGAACCUGUUGGAUAAAGAUCUUGAGAAUGAGAAUGAAGAACAGUUGUUGCAACGUAAAUAUAUGUAUUGGUCAAAGGAGGAAAAAAAAUUUGUGAUGCAGCAGUUGCAUGACAUUUUGAAUGACGGGUAUCAACAGUUGGACAGAUAUAUCAAGACAAUUACAAAAGGGAUGGUGAAAAGUUUUACUGAUUCAGGUAUUCUAGAUUCAAGAAUCAUAGUUGGAAAAGGAUCCUCUAAAUUAAGAG